GCCAGGCAAGAUGGCCGACCUGGGGAAGAAGUACUGCGUGAACUGCCUCGCGGAUGUUACCAACCUGCGGCUCCGCUGCACCGAGUGCCCCGACAUCGAGCUGUGCCCGGAGUGCUUCUCAGCGGGCGCGGAGAUCGGGAACCACCGCAGGUGGCACGGCUACCAGCAGGUCGACGGCGGCCGGUUCUCCCUCUGGGGUCCCGAGGCGGAGGGAGGAUGGACCAGCAGGGAGGAGCAGUCGCUGCUCGAUGCCAUCGAGCAGUAUGGAUUUGGAAACUGGGAGGACAUGGCGGCUCACGUCGGGGCGUCUCGAACUCCCCAGGAAGUGAUGGAGCACUACGUCACCAUGUACAUCCACGGCAACCUGGGUAAGGCCUGCAUCCCGGACAGCAUCCCCAACCGGGUGACGGACCACACCUGCCCGAGCGGCGGCCCGCUGUCGCCCAGCCUCACCACGCCGCUCCCGCCGCUGGACAUCAGCCUGGCGGAGCAGCAGCAGCUGGGCUACAUGCCGCUGCGCGACGACUACGAGAUCGAGUACGACCAGGACGCGGAGAAGCUCAUCAGCGGGCUGUCGGUCAACUACGACGACGAGGACGUGGAGAUCGAGAUGAAGCGGGCGCACGUGGACAUGUACGUGCGCAAGCUCAGGGAACGCCAGCGGCGCAAGAACAUCGCCCGGGACUACAACCUGGUGCCGGCGUUCCUCGGCCGGGACAAGAAGGACAAGGAGAAGGACAAGCCGGGGGCGCUGGGCGUCGUCGGCGCGGCGGGCGGGGUGGGGGCGGCGGGGGCCGGAGGGGCCGCCGUCGGACCGGGGGCGACGGCGGCGGCGCCGGGGUCGGGUCCCGUCCCGAGCACGCCGAAACGGAAGAUCACCAAGGAGGAGAAGGAGCAGCGGGUGCGGCUGCGCGGCCUCUGCCAGUUCAUGGCCCACCGCGAGUUCGAGGACUUCUUCGAGAACAUGCACAAGGAGCGGCUGCUGAGGGCCAAGGUGCGCGAGCUGCAGCGGUACCGCCGCAACGGCAUCAUGCGCCUGGAGGAGUCGGCCGAGUACGAGGCGGCGCGCCACAAGCGGGAGAAGCGCAAGGAGAACAAAAGCGUGGUGACGUCGAAGCGCGGCGGCUCGGGCGGCGGCGGCCUCGGCGCCGGGAUGGGGCUCGGGGGCGGCGCCGGCGGAGGGGGCGGGGUCCCGGGGGCGCUGGGGGUCGGCGGCGGGAUCAAAGAGGAGGGGAAGGACGGCGAGUUCGCCGCCAUCGAGAACCUGACGGGCUUCGAGCUGCUGUCGGACCGGGAGAAGGUGCUGUGCAGCUCGCUGAACCUGAGCCCGGCGCGCUACCUCACCGUCAAGACCAUCAUCAUCAAGGACCACCUGCAGAAGCGGCAGGGCAUCCCGGCCAAGAGCCGGCUGCCCAGCUACCUGGACAAGGUCCUCAAGAAGCGCAUCCUCACCUUCCUCACCGAGAGCGGCUGGAUCUCCCGAGACGCCUCCUAGCAGGAGGCCGGCGUCCGGACUGAACUGCUGCUUUUCCAGGAGCCGCCUUGUGAAUAUGUAAAUCACAAAAACCAAACCUGAACCGGUAUAUUUUCACACUGAAACCAAGCCUGUAUUUUUGCAUUCGGGAAGCGACGCGGACGGAAAGACGCGCUUCUUUUUCAUGACAUUUUCACCGAACGCAGGGGAAAAAGAAGGGAGAGUUUCCAGAAGUAGGUUUCUUAGUAACCGUUGUUGGAUCUUUAAAGUGUUUUCAAGGCUUUCUUUGCACUCAAGCUGUCAACGUCGGCUUCAAUAAACCCAAAACCACAGAGGAAAAGGUGAUCAUACCAACAUGGCAGGUUGGUUUAACCAUGACUUGAACCCUUGGUGGAGGAUCAGCGGGCUGUUGAGGUACUCCAUGGUGAUGAUCUGUGUUUUUUUUUUUUUCAUGAGCUGGUUCAAGUCUCUGUUUGGGAAACGUUCUUCCGAAAGAUGUUGUGGUUGAAUCAACACUCUUAAAACUCCUGAGCUGGUUUCCAUGAGUUUUACAGUUUCCUUUCCAAGUAAUAAUUGAUUUGCCCAUUUUACAGCCUACUGCUUCCCGUUGCGCUCAGUGUUUUCAGCUCUCGCUAAUAAGAACGAGGAAGUUCCUUCAACACGAGGCUAGCUACAAGUAGCUUUUCGACCGAGCUGUUUUUCAGCCCAAAACUUCUCAUAAAUGCAGUUUGCACCCAAUUUUGGCAACAAUUUUGUCAAAGACAAAAAUUCCAACCAACAACCGACUGAGACCACAAUGCAAUUCUGCUGAAUUCUCCUCAAAAUGUUGAGAGUUUGACUGAUUUUAAGUGGCAAAUCCUUUGAGGGAAAAUACCCCAAAUAUGUAUUUUUUUGGAUUUGGUGAGUCUUGUAAUGGAUUAUUGAACAUCUUGAGAGAUGUGCUUCUAUUUAAUAGAAAGAUCUAAGUGAAUGAAUUAGAAAUUCGCUGAAUUUAGUCUCGUUCUGUUGAAAUGACUUCGGGUUACUGAGUUUUUGGGGUUAAUUUCAGGUAAUCUCGCCCGAAAUGCGGAGAGAUCAGUUUUUCCAGGAUGUCAACAAACGAAACUUACUCAUGAAGUUAAAGAUUCAUAACAUAAAAAAAAAUGUGAGAAUUGGUUGAGAAUGAAAAAUCAUUCAUCAUUUCUGCUUUGAUAUUUUGUAUUUUCACAGCAUUACCGACCCGUGCUAAUGGCUAACGCUGACUCAUCGGGGAUUAAAAACGAGCAUUAUAUUUAUGUAUUUCAGAUUAAAUCAGAUUUUUUUAGGUUAAACAGAGCUCCAGGUCUGAAUAUGGGUUGUGUUUCGGUCUGCUGCUGUCUCCCAGUUGAAGAUCUUUGAUAUUUUCUUGUCUUCUUGUUCUGCAUGUGUGACCAAACCCCUGCAGGUCGACCCGUAUCACUGUAAAUGUUUCCCAGUGGGAAAAGUAUUUUUCUAACAGAGUUUUGCUUCCUUUACGUCACUGAAUGUAAAUAAUUUUUGUAAGAUACAUCAAAAAAGAAAAAGUACAAUUGCCGACCUGUGAAAUGUAUAGCGUUUUAUGUCAUUGUGACAUUUUUAUAGCUUUUUUUUAAUGAAAAAGGAGAAAAAAGAGUUUUUGAACAGCGUUUUCUAAGACUGUGGUUGUUGUGGUGGCAUGCCGUGGAACCGUCUUCGAUCUGGUUUUGCUGUUUGGUUCCUUCGCUGUUGCACUUGACGAGGUAAUAAAAGUGCAAAUACUUCA